AUGGAUAACAUAGAAGAGCAUCCUAGGUUACCCAUAGACCUGAAUGAAAGUGGUGAAACAGAAGAAUUAGUUAAACCUAGGGUAGGGAUAUGCUUUGUAUCAGGAGCCGACUUUAGUAGAUUUUGUCAUGAAUAUGCUUACAGGGAAGGUUUCGAGCUUUUUAUAAAAAGCAGUGAGUUGCUGAAAGAGUUUAAGGCUAAGGGGGUUUGUAGAAGAGGUGUAGGAGAUAAAGAGGCGAAGCCAGAUAUGACGAAACGUAUGAGGUUCAAAUGUAAGAGUGGGGGUCAGGCAAAAACGGAAGGUUGUAAUGUCACUGGUUGCAAAAUGUUUGUUUAUGGGGUUUUGAGGGGAGGAAAAUAUGACAUAACGAGUUGUAAGCUGGCGCAUAACCAUGAACUCAAUCCUUCGUGUAGUAAUUUAAUGGUUAACUAUAGAAGUAUUGAUCAAGGAACGUUUGAGAGAGCGAUCAUCAAUGAUAACGCGGGAAUUAGCAUAAAUAGGAACUUCAGUGCACAGGUUCUUGAGCAUGGUGGGUUUGAUAAUAUGACUUUCAACAAUCGAGAUCUGAGGAAUGCAAUUAAUUUAGAUCGACGUAUGACAAGGUGUAUGGGAGAUGCAAGGGCACUAGAAGAUUACUUCAAGAAGCAACAUGAACUGAAUAAUGAAUUUUAUAGUUGUCUUAAAGUUGGUGAAGAUGGGACGUUGUUGAAUUCUUUCUGGUCUGAUGCCCGGAGCAGAGAUUCCUAUAAAUACUUUGCACAUGUAAUAGCAUUCGACACAACCUUCUCUGUGAACAGGUUCCGUAUGCCCUUUGCACCCUUUAUCGGUAUCAACCACCACGGAUCAUCUAUAAUAUUUGGGGCUGCAUUAAUCACGCACGAAGACACGGAAAACUUUGUAUGGGUGUUUGAGAAAUUUCAGAAGUGCAUGGGUACGAAACCAAAAGGAAUAUGUACAGAUCAGUGUAGGGCGAUUGGUAGAGCAGUGGAGGUUGUGUUCCCCGGUGUCCCGCACAGAUUUUGUUUAUGGCAUCUCCUCCAGAAUGCGGCGAAGAACCUGGGAACCAAUGCCAAUUGGAAAGAUAUUGACCGUUUAAUACGUACAGCUGUCCAUGAUAUGAUGGAUCUGGAAGAAUUUGACGAAGCUUGGUGUAUAAUAAUGGACAAAUAUGGUCUAAGGGAAGCAAGUUGGAUGAAGGAGCAAUAUGAAACAAGGAGUCAAUGGGCGCCCGCGUAUUGUAGAGGCACUUUUUGGGCUGGGAUGUCUUCCACGCAAAGGAGUGAAGGUAUGAAUAGGUUUUUUAAAACUCAAGUUAAUUUACAAUGUGGGUUUCUUACAUUUGUGAAACGGUACGAGCAAGCUUUGAAGAAUAAAGCCGCGGAGGAAGCAGAUAAUACUAGCGGAGUACGUUUUUCAAAAGUCGUACACAAAUGUAAUGUUUGCGGAGGUGAAGAAAGAGUGUGA